AUGCUCGCCCGCUCGAUCUCCGCCCGCUUCUUCAGCGCCGCUGCUGCCGGCAAGAAGGUUGCCGUCCUCGGCGCCGCCGGUGGCAUUGGCCAGCCCAUGAGCUUGCUGCUCAAGGACUCGGACCACAUCUCGCACUUGUCGCUCUUCGAUGUCGUCAACACGCCCGGUGUGGCCGCUGAUGUCUCGCACUGCAACACGCGCGCUACGGUCACGGGCGUCGCCGGCAUGGAGAACAUUGAGGAGGCGCUUACGGGCAUGGACGUUGUCGUCAUUCCCGCUGGUGUCCCGCGCAAGCCUGGCAUGACGCGCGACGACUUGUUCAACACGAACGCGUCGAUCGUCCAGUCGUUGGCGUCUGCGUGUGCCAACGUCGUCACGGCCACCUUGAUUGUCACAGCGUGCGAUGUUGGCUUCUCUCUGUGGGCGUGGGCCGAGAUCGUAGCUGUGCGCCGGUCGUUCCGCGAGACUUUUGUGCGCAACCUCUCCAAGCUUCUCACGGCCUUCAACUUUUUCAUGUACUACAACGCGCGGAUGAUCUCGGUGCUCAUCGCGAGCGGCCACUUCGUCGCGUGGUUUCUCCCCAUCAACUACUACAGCGCCGAUGGUACCCCGCUUCGCUGCACGGGCAGCCUCGCCGUCACGUUCGGAUUCAAGCUCACCAUCGCAGGGUGGCUCGUCACGGCCAUGUACGCCUGCCUGCCGACGGACGCCGUUGGUCUUCGCGGCUGGUUUGUCUCGUCGCCCAACGCGCUCGCGGCCCCGACGCACCGCAUCCGGUACUUUUGCCACGCCUCGGACGUGCACCAAACCGCCAACUUUCGCCUCGUCGACAUGCUCCAGAACACGCUCGUGGUCGAGCCGCGCCAUUUUGUGCUCGAGGACCAGAUCGAGAUGUUCAAUUUUGCGUACCUCGCGUACGCGUGCGGCAACAAGGACUACUCGCAGGACUUUCUGCAUCUCCACAAGAUGAUUGGCAGCGCCGAGUUUGCGCUGGCAGACCACCUCCACGACCCCCAAAGCGACACGCACUGCCUCAUCGCACACUCGACCGACAAGAUCAUCGUCGCCUUCCGCGGUUCGAUGAGCUGGAAAAACUACAAGACGGACCUCAAUGCCUCCAAGCACAUGUGCGCCGAGUACACCUUGCAUCCGGCCGCUGGCAGCGACAAGCGGUCGCGCUUUGUGCCGCACAACAUCUCUCGGCCCAACUUUUGCAAGACAAAGACGCCGUGGGUCCACGGUGGUUUCUGGGACGCCUACCAAUCCGUCGCCGACCGCGAGAACCCGCGGAGCAUGUACUUUACGGGUCAUAGUCUUGGCGGCGCGCUCGCGACGCUCUGCAGCCUCGACGCGGCCGUCAAGUACGGUGCGUCGCGCGUCGCGUGCACGACCUUUGGGUGUCCGCGCGUCGGCGGCAACGCGUACAAGCGCGUCUACAACGCCCGCGUGCCGGCCAACUUUCGCUUUGUGAACGCCCAGGACCCGGUCUGCCACACGCCGCUGCGAACGUUGUGGGACUCGUUCACAGAGGUUGGCACGACCGUCAUGCUCGACAGGCUCGGGAAUCUGGUCGUGGAUCCGAAUCUGCUCCAAUACGACUUGCUCAACAGCGGCAUCUCGCGCGACGCGCACCGCCUCACGUCGUACCAAAUGGCGCUUUUCCUGUGGUGCAAGCGAGCCCACUCGCGGCGGUUCGAGCCCAAGUUCUGCGAUCGCUCCUUGUGCGCACGGCCAACGACGCCGACGACGACCGGCUCUUGA